CGGCACGCGGAAAAACAGCUGGUCGUGCGAUCUUAGAUCUUAGUCGCAGCGGCAGCAGCAGCGCCGACGAUGAGUGCAAGUAUGCUGCGGCUGGUCAGCGCAGCGCUGAGAGACAGCGCGAAGAGAGUUUUUACGACGAAUUUAAAUAACUUUGUGGGUAAUCCGUUGGCGAAUCAAGUGCGAUGUUUGAGUGCGUUUGCUAAGCAGCUCCAAUGCCCGGACGUUAUAAACUCACGAAAUGCCGGCACUGGUAUACUGAGUGAUUCGCUCAACAAGCUGCUACUUCCGCAAGCACAAACGCCAACUGUCCCAUGCAGAACAGUCACGAAGUUCUCCUUGACCAAGGGAAAGCGAAAAUCCGUCAAAACGGUUCUGAAAAGAUUCUACCGUUUGCAUUGGGGAAUAUGGAUCCGAACGAGAGCCGGUCGUCACAGGCAUCUUUGGAAAAAAAGUAACGCCCAAAGGAGGCGAUCAAAGCAGCACGUUUUCACCAAUGCCUCUCAGUCCUGGAUGUUGGAUAAGAUGGUGACGAAAUUCUGGAGACGUCCAAAGCACUGGGUAGACGAUCCUUACAAUCCGUAUCACACGAGGGAAGAGUUUAUGUACACUCGAAAGAAGCCCAAACCGUUGCCGGAUGAUUUCGUUUAAAUUUAGAGAUAAAUUGUUGAUUAAAGUUUAAGGUAUACCGCUACUAACGCUGAAUAAAUUUACUUUGUUUCUUAUAA